AUCUCUCUUCCCUACCAUUGCUAUUACUCAUUCUCUGUUUUUCCUGCUUUUUUUCUUUGCUGGGUUUGUUCAAAGUUCAAACCUUUAUGUUCUGUACUCAUUAUUUCACUCUGAUUUUGGUGUUUUUCCCUUUCUUCUCUGAUGAGUGGUUUUUCCAUGAUGUUUCCUGAGUUGGGUCUUCCAAUAGCUGAGAUGAGAGUGUGUUCAUAGGAGGACUGAAGUGUUAUGGAUUCUGCCGUGGGUUGCUUUAGAUACCAAUCCUACUGAGUUACUUGGAUAGUUUCUUCUUGGAUAUUUUGUUUGUGAUCUCGGUAAGGAUGGUUUCGAGUAGCCGAAUUUUUGGGGGCCGUGGUUGUGUUGUUGUUCUAGCUGUUUGUUUCUUGCUGCUUAUUUGUUGUGGCAAGAUACAUGGAACUGUUACUGAUAUCUUCUGCUUGAAGAGUGUUAAAGCUUCACUGCGUGACCCGGAUAACUAUUUACAGUCAUGGGAUUUCAACAACAACACAGAAGGGUUUAUCUGCAGGUUCACCGGGGUUGACUGUUGGCAUCCUGAUGAGAACAGAGUCUUGAAUAUCAAGUUAUCGAACAUGGGACUGAAAGGGUCAUUCCCUCGAGGCCUUGUGAAUUGCUCGAGCUUAACAGGGCUAGAUCUUUCGAACAACAGGCUUUCUCAGCCCCUUCCGGAGGAUAUAUCUACUGUUAUUAAGUGGGUGACAAAACUUGAUCUGUCGUCGAAUGAUUUUGAUGGCGAGAUACCUGCUUUGCUUGCGAAUUGUAGCUUCCUUAAUGACCUCAAACUUGACCACAACAGGCUCACCGGUCAAAUUCCCUCGCAAAUAGGUCAGCUUCCGAGGCUUAAGACAUUUAGUGUGUCCAAUAAUCUUUUGACUGGGCAAGUUCCGGGGUUUAAGAAAGGUGUAGUGACGGCCGAGAGCUUUGCGAAUAAUCCAGGCCUCUGUGGCCCUCCUUUGGAUCUUUGCCAGAGUAACCUUUCCAACGGCAACACUGCUGUUAUAGCUGGAGCAGCCGUUGGUGGCGUGAGUUUUGCUGCAUUGGUGGUUGGUGUUGCAAUGUUCUUCUAUGUGCGCCGUGUUUCUACCAGGAAGAAGGAAGAGGACCCUGAAGGAAACAAAUGGGCAAAGAGUAUAAAGGGUACCAAACAAAUAAAGGUUUCUAUGUUUGAGAAGACACUUACAAAAGUUAAAUUGAGUGAUCUCAUGAAGGCUACAAAUGACUUCAGCAAAAGCAACAUUAUUGGGUCCGGAAGAACUGGAACCAUUUACAAAGCUGUUCUUGAUGAUGGCACAUCACUCAUGGUGAAGAGAUUGCAACAAUCUCAACACUCAGAGAAAGAAUUUAAAUCUGAGAUGGCUACGCUAGGGGCAGUCCAGCACCGGAACUUGGUUCCCCUCUUAGGCUUUUGUUCUGCCAAAAAGGAGAGGCUUUUGGUCUAUAAAAAUAUGCCAAAUGGCACCCUCCAUGAUCAAUUACAUCAUCGAGCCGAUGAGAGCACCAUGGAGUGGUCUUUAAGGCUCAAAAUUGCAAUCGGAGCAGCCAAAGGAUUAGCAUGGCUUCAUCACAACUGCAAUCCCCGGAUCAUACACCGAAACAUAAGCUCUAAGUGCAUCUUGUUGGAUGCAGAUUUUGAGCCGAAAAUUUCCGAUUUUGGCCUGGCUAGACUGAUGAACCCCAUCGACACGCAUUUGAGUACUUUUGUGAAUGGUGAGUUUGGGGAUUUAGGCUAUGUUGCUCCUGAGUACACAAGAACUUUGGUAGCCACGCCUAAGGGUGAUGUUUAUAGCUUUGGUGUUGUACUUCUUGAGUUGGUAACAGGCGAAAAACCUACUCACGUGGCGAAAGCUCCGGAAACUUUCAAAGGAAGCUUGGUAGAAUGGAUUCAGCAGCUCUCAAGUAACUCACAACUGCAUGAUGCCAUUGACAAAUCCCUAACCGGGAAGGGAGCCGAUGAUGAGCUUUUCCAGUUCCUAAAGGUUGCAUGCAACUGUGUUGUAGCAACCUCAAAGGAGAGGCCAACUUUGUUUGAAGUUUACCAGUUUCUAAGAGCCAUUGGAAGUAAAUAUAAUUUUACAACAGAGGAUGAAAUUUUGGUACCUACUGAUACUGGUUAUGCUGAUAACUUAGAGGAGCUUAUUGUGGCUAAAGAGGGAGGAAAGGAUUGAAAAUGGUGGUGUGAGAUAUAAAGUAGGAUGUGUAAUCAAUUUUAAUAUGUAAGUAUAUCUUACUAUGUGGUCCUAAAAAUAAACUCAUGUUAUAUAUAAAGGUUUUUGUGAUCUA